CAUUACAAUUUUCUACAGUGGAAGAGUACGUCUAGUAUUGUCAGAGUGAGAAAGUUAGGUGUCAAAGUGUUAUGACGGGAUGGCAGGGCCUUAUUUCCUCUCAACCAUGCUUUCUUAAUCUGUGGAGAAACUCAUCUCAUCCAGACAUCCACCAUGAUUCCCGCAACAUCGUGGUUCACACCUAAGAGGCUACUUGCUACCUUUUGUAUGAUUAACAUGUUAAACUAUUUGGAUCGAGGAGCAAUAGCAAGCAAUGGUGUUAAUGGAAGCAGAGGAAGUUGCACUGAAGGUGGUACCUGCACUUCUGGCACAGGAAUACAGGGGGAAUUUAACUUGAACGAUUUUGAAGAUGGAGUUUUAUCAUCUGCUUUUAUGGUUGGACUUCUUGUUGCUUCUCCAAUAUUUGCCACUCUGGCGAAAAGAUAUGUAAAUCCAUUUAGACUUAUUGGAGUUGGAUUGUCAGUUUGGACUCUUGCAACGUUGUGUUGUGGGUUUUCUUUUAAUUUUUGGUCCAUUUCAGUCUGUCGCAUGAUGCUUGGUGUUGGUGAGGCUUCGUUUAUAAGUCUUGCAGCACCUUUUAUUGAUGACAAUGCUCCAGCUGCUCAGAAAACAGCAUGGCUUGGAAUAUUUUGCAUGUGUAUACCAUCAGGAUAUGCCCUUGGCUAUGUCUAUGGUGGUUUGGUUGGGAGUUAUUUUGGUUGGCGUUAUGCAUUUUGGGCAGAGUCUUUAUUGAUGCUUCCAUUUGCUAUUUCAGGAUUCUGUAUGAAGCCUUUGCAGUUGAAAGGUAUUGCACCUGCUGAUUCAAAAAAGGCAUUGGCACCUGAGACAGUCCUGUCAGGAGUUCAAGUUACGGACCCAUCUAAUGGCGACGAGUCCCUGGCCUUAAUAAAGGAAGAGUUCAGAGAUAGAAGCUCAAAUGACUGUUCCAAGUCGAAAUCUGCGACCAAGGGGUUUGAUCAGUUCUCAAGGAUUUUUAAAGAUAUGAAAGUGCUUUUGCUUAAUAAGGUUUAUGUUGUCAGUGUUCUUGGUUAUGCAGCAUACAACUUUGUAUUAGGUGCUUACGCAUAUUGGGGGCCCAAAGCAGUCUAUAACAUAUAUAAGAUGAAUGAUGCAGAUUUGAUAUUUGGAGGAAUUACAAUUGUAUGCGGAAUAGUGGGCACAAUAGCUGGAGGCUUUGUUUUGGAUUUUAUGACUAACACCUUAUCAAAUGCAUUUAAGCUUCUCUCAAUAACAACAUUUCUUGGGGCAGCACUUUGUUUUGGUGCCUUCUUAUGCAGAAGCAUGUAUGGCUUCCUAGCUCUUUUCUGUAUCGGUGAACUUCUUGUUUUUGCCACUCAGGGUCCUGUGAAUUUUGUAUGUCUCCAUUGUGUUGAACCAAGUAUGAGACCUCUAUCUAUGGCUAUGGGUAUUGUUACUAUUCAUGUCUUUGGAGAUGUACCUUCCUCGCCUCUAGUUGGAGUUCUCGAGAGGGUGAGAGGCGGAGAUGCUGAGAAAAUUACAGGUCUCAGAAUGUACUGUGAUAUACAAGGUUCUGAUGAUUGUUCAUGCAAUCUGCAGGAUAGCAUUAACAACUGGAGAGUGACUUCAUUGAUUCUAACAGCCAUAUUGUUUCCGGCAGCUGGAAUAUGGUUUAUAGGAAUAUUUUUGCAUAGUGUGGAUAGAUUUGAGGAAGACAGUGAGCAUGAAGUGUCAAAUGUUCAAAGGUCAAACACCAUGCCAUUGCUUCAAGAGAAGACGUCAGAAAGUUCAGCGUUUCCUGCUCAGUCCCAAGAAUGCUGAUUUCUUGUUUUAGUUUAUGCCUUCCCAAGCACAAGUUAUUUUGCACAAUCUAGAGUAUCAUUAGCUUAUUUCUCUGUACAUUUGUUAUUUGUAGAAGUAUGUGUUUGCUUUUUGUUAAUGGAAAUCAUAGAGCAUAUUUUAAUUUAUGUUUCACCUUGUUAAGUCCCACAUUGUUUAAAGAUAUGACUACUAAAGUGCUUAUAAGUGGGAAGACAAUCCUCGCCUCUUCAGUUA